AACGGAACGGCGGAAUAACGAAAUGAGAAUCUAGGAACAUGGAACAUGUGUAGGAAUAUGUAUCCGGUCUGUGUGAGUUUCCCGUGCCCUCUCACCUUAAUCUCACGUCUGUCAAACGGUCGUGAAUAUUCGGAAGGUGUGAGACUUGGGCAAGUGGGCACGCCGAGAAAAUAGCAUCACGAACAUUCGCAUGAUGCCCUGACGUUCAAAAUACAUUACGACCGCCGAUGCUCCGAAUUAUUCGCGGUAACGACAAGGAAACAUUCGACGAAAAAGGGAGCGAAUUGAUCUUGGACGGUGUGCACAGCAAUGGCCACGACAGAAGGAGUCACGAUAGAGGAGCUGAAAAUCGAGAUCGAAAGGCUUUCACGGGAAUUAGAUUUAGCUUCUACGGAAAAGAUACAGUCGGCUCAAUACGGCCUCGCUUUACUCGAAGAGAAGUCCGCCUUGCAACAAAGAUGCAACGAUCUCGAGGCCCUCUACGAAAACACGAAACACGAGCUAGAAAUCACGCAAGAGGCUUUAGCAAAAUUUCAAACAACUACAAAAUUAACUACGAAAAGUGGUAUAGAACAAGAGGAGACGCUUCUUAACGAAAGUGCCGCAAGAGAAACAUCUCUUCAGACACAGAUCAUUGAAUUAGAAAAUGAAAUCAAACAGUUGCGCCAUGAACUGGAACGUGUGCAAGCAGAACGUGAUCAUGCAUUACAAGAACGCGAAGAAGUUGGGAAAGAUCAUCAACAAGCAGAGACAGAGAGGAAAUCCUUGCGUACCAUGUUACGUGAAUGUAGAUUUCGGGAAGCUCGACUUCUUCAAGAUUAUUCAGAAUUGGAAGACGAGAACAUUUCAUUACAGAAACAAGUAUCUGGUUUAAGGUCCAGUCAGGUAGAAUUUGAAGGUGCCAAACAUGAAAUAAGAAGAUUGACAGAAGAAGUGGAACUUCUAAAUAGUCAAGUGGAGGAAUUGACAAAUUUAAAAAAAAUUGCUGAAAAACAAAUGGAAGAAGCACUUGAAUCUUUACAAGCUGAGCGUGAAGCAAAGUAUGCUCUUAAAAAGGAGCUGGAUCAAAGAAUUAAUAGUGAAUCAAUUUAUAAUCUUAGCAAUCUUGCACUUUCAAUUAGAGGAAUUACAGAAGAUCAAACAAUAUGUAGUGAUGGAGAAGAUGAUUCCCCUGCAUUACGUAGGAUUGAAGCAGAUUUAAAAACUCAAGAGCCAGGGACUUCUGCUACUGAUAAACAAGUUGAUUUAUUCUCUGAGAUUCAUUUGAAUGAAUUGAAAAAAUUAGAGAAACAAUUAGAAUUAGCAGAAUCUGAGAAAGCUCAUCUUACGCAAAAUUUACGGGAGUCGCAAUAUGCAGUUGAAAAGAGUCAGAAUGAAUUACAGUCUUUUGUCGCGCGCAUAGUACAACUAGCAGCUCAUGUGCAGUCAUUACACCAUCUUCACUCCAAGUUACCUGAGAAACAAACUGAGGAAACAACAUUAGAUAAGUUGAACCAGGCGAUUAUGCAGUAUCACCAAUGGAGUACUAUGUCUGCACGUGAAGUGAAUCAACUUCAAAAGGAUUUGGCUGAAUUGGAAAAUGGUUUAACUAUAUCUGAUUCAACUCAACAACUGCGUACAGAAUUAACAAACCUUAGAAACAAGCUUUUAGAUACAGAACAGAGAAGCAUACAACUCGAAUCCGACAUUUCUACUCUCUCAAAACUUGCAGUGGAAGCCGGUGGUUUUCUUGAUUCUGCACAAAAUGAUUUGCAAAAUAUCUCUGAUGAACUUGCUCAACUCUAUCAUCACGUGUGUACUGUUAAUGGAGAAAUUCCUUCACGAGUAGUCCUCGACCACGAGAAGAUUGUUCCCGAUAAGGAGGAAGAGAAUGGAAAGAUUGAAUGGUGUCGGACUUUGUUUAAGACCGAUAUUCAAAUUCAAGAUUUAGAAAGUCUGAGUAAAGCGAAGGAAAUCGCGAAACAUAUAGAAACCGCGAUGGAUCAAAUAAAGCACCUCCGAAACGCCGUAGAGCAUACGAUUGAACUUUCCAAAGUUAAAGGAAUGCAGUCGAAUGUCUGCAAUGUUUGCGAAGGAUCAGUGAAUGAGAACAAGGCGGAAGUAGCAGAUUUACAAGAACAAGUAAUUAGAUUGAAGGCCUUAUUAUCGGCUAAACGUGAACAAAUCGCAACUUUGAGAACAGUGCUUAAAUCAAAUAAGAACACCGCGGAAGUAGCACUUACGAACCUGAAGGGCAAAUAUGAAAAUGAGAAGAGUAUCGUUAACGAAACUAUGUUGAAACUGAGGAACGAGCUUAGAAUGUUAAAGGAAAAUGCUGCAACAUUUUCAAGUUUACGUGCGAUGUUUGCCGCACGUUGCGAAGAAUAUGUGACACAAGUUGACGAGUUGCAACGUCAAUUAGCCGCAGCGGAAGAUGAUAGAAAAACCUUGAACUCUCUGUUACGACUGGCCGUGCAGCAGAAGCUCGUUUUGACUAUGAAAUUGGAGGAAUUAGAAGUCGAUCGAGAAUUACGGAAUACUCGAAGACAUGCCAGUAGUGCAAAUGGACGAGGUAGAAUGCGAAUGUCGCAACAAACGAACCGUCCUCAUUUAGGCAGAGAUUUCUUCUAGAAAAUAAUGAAGAUGUGGAGCAAGCUGUUCUGAGAAAAACGAGGAUUUUAAAUUUUUCAAUUUUUUACUAUUUAUUGUCAAGUUAUCUGCACUGUAAUAGAAAAAAACAUAUACCUUUCGUGAUUGCUUUUUAUCGCAGUAGUAGAACAGUGAUGAAACAAGCUAGAAUUCUAAACAUUUUUUUCAUCAAGUAAUUUAAUAUAGAUAUAAAAUAAGACGCUAGACAUAUUAUGUCUCGAGAAUAUUUUUACAAAUUUUGACUCGAUUUAAUAAAAUUGAGAAAACCAAAGAUUGUUCUCGUUGCGAAGAACAGCUUUUUAAAUAUCCGUUACAAGGGACACGGAGCAGGACAUUUGAGAAGCUUUGAAAUGUUCAUAUGUACUUGUACCGAUGUUGCUCCAUAUCGUAGGAAGUGAUAGAAAACUCUGCCUUUUGUUACCAAUAUUGUUAGUAAAGAUGUCUAACAAGCAUAGAAAGCGUUUCUGUUGUGCAAAAUUUUUUAUUUCGUGCGACAUUGUUGCAGAGUUACUAAAAUAUUCUAUGCUUGGAGAUUCAUUUACGUAGAAUCAAAAAUGAUUCUCGUGAGUAGCACGCUUAUCGAUAUCUAGAAUUGAUUUUUCAUCGAUUGUCCUUUCUUUUUAAGGAGAUGCGUUUUAAUUGUAAAUGUGUUUAUUUUUACGUUUUAUAUUCCUUUUUUUUAGCUAGAUUUAUACUUUCCAUUUUUUGGUAUGAUAUUGAGUAUUAUUGUGUAAUCGCAUAGCAAAUAAUUCCGCAUGGAUGGUUUACAUGGUUAUAUAGUAACUAUGAUGACCGUCACUGACUUUUUUGUAUUAAUGAGAAUGCAUGAUAAAAUGAACGUAUACUGUUUUUAGGUAGACAAACGAAAGGAAAAACGAGAACUUUACAUUGCAUACCAUAGAGACAAUAUUAUUGUGCGCGACUGUAGCGUUUAUAAUCAAAGUAGAACGAGAAAAAAACAUCGUAGACGUGUAGAAUUGAGAAAAACAAAUACAAAGUAGCAGAAUAACAGAAUUAGGGACUCAUUCUUCAAGUAGAUUCUCAGAUUAACAACAUGGUUUUGAUCGAAACAGAGAAGUAUUGUUUGAUCGUAUUUGCACGAAAACCGUUUUAUUAUAUUUUGUUCUACACUUAUUUCUCAAUGUUUCUGAUAUAAUGGCAUUUUAGUUCUUUUUUGGAGUACAUUAUUAUACGACAGUACUUUAUGAUUUUAUUAUUUUUAUGAGAAAGAACUUUUUAUAGUAUUGUAUAAAACUUGGCCUAAAUAGGCUAUAAAUUUCGUGUAAUUUGGCAGCUUUUUAUUAUUAGAUUUAUUAAUGAUAUUAUUGCAUUCACUACAAUUUUAUUUAGUAAUUUUAAUCGUUGUUAAUUUAUAUCUAUUUAUCUAUUUUAACUGUAUUCUUUUUAACGAGCAGCUAUGCUAUUUGAUAUUGAUUAAUGCGUAGUAAUAUUGGUUUUAAAUAUUUGACACAGCUAUUGACGAAUGAAAUAUAACAUAAGUUGGCUGUAUAUUAUUUAUGAAUAUACAUGCCAAUCGUUACAUUUCUUGAAUUUUUGAAUUCUUGAAUUCCUCUUUGCACAAUUUAAUAUUAUUAGCGAAAUUUUGCAAGUUACAAGUUACAAGUUACCAAUGCUGAUAAAUUCUCUUGCAUAACAGUAACAAGUUCUGUUAUGGAACGAAUCAAAUUAAACUGCUUAUGUGAAACUGUGAAAUCAUAAAAACUGUUUGUGCGACAGAAGUUUAUAACUCACAACUUGUCACUUGUCAUUUCACUAAUAUUAUUUUAAUUUACUUAAUUUAAUUAUCAAUUAGUAAAUUAUUGUGCCAGAGGAUUUGUUGUAAUACGUUUCAUUAUAGCUUUUGGGACAUACGUAUAUAUACAUAUAUUUUUUUUUUCAUUUCGUUCUGUCAAAGCAGAAUGUUGCGAAUGCAAAAUAAAUGAAAACGGAAAAUAUAGAAAACGCUGAUUUGCGAUGCAAACGAAAUUUUCAUUUUCGUAGAAGAGAAAAAGUAUUUUAUGGGCAUCUAAUGUCUGUGCGAGGUUUACCAGCGCCGAUUAAAUCGAAAUUUUAAUGAACCAUCGAAGUGCGCGCGAGCGUGUGAGUGUGCAUGUAUUUUCGUAGAGAUAUAAGCAUAAUGUGCUUGAUACAUUAUGCAGGAUAUUCAAAUACGUUUACAUUUACGUGCAAUUUUACAAUUUGCUCUUUUCAUUUUUACCAAGAUUCGUAUGAUUUGCAAGCUUUUAACAUUUUUUGUGCUUCGAUGUUAAUUGAAACGGUGAUAUAUAUUUAUUAUACAUACUCCGAUAUUUAACAAACUUAUGCUUUUAUUAGGAUAAUAUUUAUUUCGAAUCAUGGUGAAAAUUUUUACAUAAGGAGGUAUAUCCUGCAUGUGUAUGUAACAUGUACGUUUAUUGUGAACCGUCUUUAAUCAAAUUUGUUAUUAGCAUUAUUAGUAUUAUUAUCUUUAUUAUCUUUAUUAUUAUUAUCAUUAUUAUUAUUAUUAACAAUAUUAUAAUUAUAUAUUAAUUAUUGCGAUAUUGCUGUCAGCUUCGUCGCGUAAUCCAGAUGAGUACCUAAAGAGAAUUUAUCGAUCGUUCAUUGACUAUCAAUCAAUUGAUCAGUUGUCACUAUUAUUAUAUUUAUACCGUAUAGUUAUUGUAUUGCCUGUGUCUACGGUUUUUGACUAGUAACUAGAAAAUCUUAUUUAUGUUUUUUUGGCCUCCCCCUCCCCCUAGUUAACAUUAGCUAACAAUCAAUGGAAUAAAAUUUAAGCAUUA